CUGCUCCUGUGUUUGCUCCGCACAUCAGCAGCCCUGCUCCUCUCUCUCUCUCUCUCUCUCUCUCUCUCUCAGAUCCAGGCAGAGGUUGUACGUCCGCUCCGGGAGAGAGAGCUCACACCGCAUAGCGCUACAGCCGCCUGACACCGACAGUCCUACCGCACGCUCUUUUCAAAUGGAUGUCUCCCCCGUUCACGCCUUUUGACACCGGAAGGUGCUCCUGUAGCUGCGUGAGAAACACCUCAUCCCCGGCUUGUUUUCUUAGGUAACUGCCUUCUCUCGACGACACAGAGAGAGCCACACUCACCCCCCUUUUCCUUCCAUCGUUAGCCCGCUAAGCUAGCUAGCCCGCUAACUUAGCGGUGAUACUUUGUACCGAGUCGGUGUCAGUUUUCUGCCUGCGGAUUCUUUGCGCCACGGCUGAGGAUAGAGGUGACCGGUCACUAUAGGAGCAUGCAUGAGUGACGAGCAAAAGAGGAAGUGGGAUCUCUGAAGCUCCGCCCCCUCUACUGGUGGAGCACCCUGCACAUCUGACCAGAGACCCCUUAACUCAUUUUGAAAGGAUGCGGAGGUUCGCCUACUGUAAGGUGGUUUUGGCCACCUCUCUGGUCUGGGUGAUGCUGGACAUGUUCAUUCUGCUCUACUUCAGCGAGUGCAACAAGUGUGAUGACAAGAAGGAGAGAGGACUGCCCGGGAGAGACGACACCAUGUCCCGACCGCGAGAUGGGCCUGGUGAAGGAGGGAAACCUGUGGUGAUCCCUAAAGAGCAACAGGAGAAAAUGAAAGAAAUGUUUAAGAUCAACCAGUUCAACCUCAUGGCCUCGGAGAUGAUUGCUCUCAAUCGUUCGCUGCCUGACGUCCGCCUAGAAGGGUGCAAGAACAAGUUAUACCCCGAUAAUCUUCCUCGCACCAGCGUUGUGAUUGUAUUUCACAACGAGGCUUGGACCACGCUGCUGCGAACCGUCCACUCCGUGAUUGACCGCUCUCCACACACACUGCUGGAGGAGAUUGUUCUGGUGGAUGAUGCCAGUGAGAGAGAUUUCCUCAAACAGCAGUUGGAGAGGUAUGUGAGAAAAUUGGAAGUCCCCGUCAGAGUCGUGAGGAUGGAGCAGCGGUCCGGGCUCAUCCGCGCACGCCUCAAGGGAGCGUCCAUCUCCACUGGCCAGGUCAUAACCUUUCUGGAUGCUCACUGUGAAUGCACAACAGGAUGGCUGGAGCCUCUGCUUGCCCGCAUCAAACAAGACAGGAAAACAGUGGUGUGCCCCAUUAUCGAUGUUAUCAGCGAUGAUACCUUUGAGUACAUGGCAGGCUCUGACAUGACAUACGGAGGAUUCAACUGGAAGCUCAACUUCCGCUGGUACCCUGUACCUCAAAGGGAGAUGGACCGCCGCAAAGGAGACCGCACGCUGCCUGUCAGGACUCCCACCAUGGCAGGCGGCUUGUUCUCCAUAGACAGAGAUUAUUUCCAGGAGAUUGGCACAUAUGACGCAGGCAUGGACAUCUGGGGAGGAGAGAACCUGGAAAUCUCUUUCAGAAUUUGGCAGUGUGGCGGGACUCUAGAGAUUGUCACGUGCUCUCACGUGGGUCACGUGUUCAGAAAGGCGACGCCCUAUACGUUUCCCGGAGGAACAGGACAGAUCAUCAACAAAAACAACCGGCGUCUGGCCGAAGUUUGGAUGGACGAAUUUAAAAACUUCUUCUACAUCAUCUCUCCUGGUGUGACCAAAGUAGACUAUGGUGACAUCACGUCUCGCACUGCUCUGAGGCAAAAGCUUCAGUGUAAACCCUUCAGUUGGUACCUGGAGAACAUCUACCCUGACUCCCAGAUCCCUCGGCACUAUUACUCCCUGGGAGAGAUCCGUAAUGUGGAGACUAACCAGUGUCUGGACAACAUGGCCCGCAAGGAGAACGAGAAGGUCGGCAUUUUCAACUGUCACGGGAUGGGAGGCAACCAGGUUUUCUCCUAUACGGCCAACAAGGAGAUCAGGACAGAUGAUUUGUGUCUAGACGUGUCCAAGCUAAACGGACCCGUCAUGAUGCUCAAGUGCCAUCACCUCAAAGGCAACCAGCUCUGGGAGUAUGACCCUCUGAAGCUGACCCUGAUCCACGUCAACAGCAACCAAUGUCUGGACAAGGCCAGCGAGGAGGACAGCCAGGUGCCCAGCGUCAGAGACUGCACGCACACACGCUCCCAACAGUGGCUGCUCCGCAAUGUCACACUACCAGAGGUCUUCUGACCACACCCCUCACACUCCCAAACGCACACAUUCACACACACAGCAGCCCAGAAUAAGAAAUAAAUGGGAACGGACGUGAUUUUUUUUUUUCCCGGCACCAGGAAUGAAAAAGACUUCCCUACACUGGGAUUUGGGAAGGAAGGAGGACAGAUCGGACGGUACUACCUCUGCCGGACGUCAGAGGGAGGAGUGCGUACAAGCCUCCUUAAAGCGAGAAGAGAGAAAAGCCUCCCUCUGAGAGACGAUGGCUGUUGUUUUACAUUCAUUUUGUUUUGUUUUUUUAAAAGAAAAAAGAGAUUUUAACCGCAGAGAGUUGACUCGCUCACAUGCGCGAAUACGAGAACUAACUGGUGGAGUCGAUCACAGCUUCCCCCGGACAAAGCAGUCCACCGCUCAACUCAUCACUUAACGUUUACUGACUGCCUCUUACGAGAGUGUGUGCACUUAUUUGUGUGUGCGUGCGUGUACUGAGAUGAAUGUAUGCUUUGAGAAGGGGACUGAAUUCCUUGUUGAUUUUCUUUCUUUUUUUCAUGUUUGUUUUAUUUAAUUUUUUAUGGAUUUUGAAAAUGUACUCCUAUGAAGAAGGAUGUGCACGUGUGCAUGUGUGAGAAGCUGCGAUGUGUGUGUGUGUGCGUCAGAGCCAGUCCUAUGGUCUUGCAGCAGUGUGUGUCUCCCUCUGGUGUUACAGUUUAGCAUUUCAUCUUACAGGCUGAAGCCUCCGUGCAGAGGGACAACGCAUACACACGAAAAAAACAAACAAAACAAGAAAGCGAUCACGAGGACCCGACGUCUGCCGUCAGCAGAAAUCUAGAGAUAGAGAAUUAUGAUGUUUGUGAUAUCUUAAGAUUUCUAUGUCCAGUUUUUACAUGGCUUGUCUGUUUCUACUGUUUCAGUAACCCUAGUUUGUCUGUACGUCUCUGUUGUCUUUAAAGAUAUUUAACAUAGAGCUAACAUACACACACACACACACACACACUCUCAGAGGAUACAUGAGUCUGUUACUGAUGUUCACUGCCUAUUGUAGUGUUCAACCACGUGGAUCUCCCCAGUAAGGCACUACAUUGCCACACAUAAACACACGGACAGACACACAUGCUGUAUACAUAUAGGAAAAAGGCUGCCUAAGUCUGAUACUUCAGUCCAUUUUUGUCAUAUCGUCUUCUCGAUGACCUCUUAAAGAAAAACAAAAACACUCCAAGGGCUUCUUUCCUCCAGCGGAGUGUGUGGAUGUUUGCAUUUGUGUGGGUGUGAGUGUGUGUUUCUUCAGUACUAAUCCCAGCCCAUUAGCUCCCUGUUUACUAGAACAAACGGCGCUCCGAUUCCUCGCUAUUGGACGAGCAAGCACCCGUAGCGUAGACUGGCAGCAGAUUAGCAUAUCCCUGCUUCCUCCGUCGUACUAAAAGAGCAAAACGCUGUUAUUUUUUACACAGAGCCGGGUUCCCUGCACUCCCCCUGCGGACAUAUCUACAGCAGGAGCGUGGCACCGCUAUGAGAAUUAAUCAGGGACAGAAUAAAAGCUGUAGAGAGCCAAAAGGAGUGAAAGGGUUGAACUGUGUGAUUACAGAGAGCACAGCAGAUGACAUAUCUUAAUCCAUUACUACAUUUCUCUCACUUGGCAAGCGCACCUGCAGCAUUUCACUAUUCAUAUCUCAGUCAGAGGUAGACAGCGUGUCUUUUUCAUUUCCACUAUCACGCCUUCUUUAUUCUUAUUCUUUGUUUUUUUGUUGUUGUUUUUUUAAUCACUUCUGCCGCUGCGAGUCAGGGCACCAGAGGUGAUUUCAAAAAAUGAUUUUUAAACAUUUCAGCUUCCUCCAAUGGAGGAAGGGUUUACACAAAGGACACGACAUCGGUUCAUCUUCGCUGUGGACAUGGCAGUGAGUGGAGGCCAUCGACAGGUUGUUGUUUUUUUUUUUUUUUCAUGUCUGAUCGAGUGACUGUGGUGAAGAUGUGAGAGUUUUUUGAUUGUGGGACAGACGGGGGAGCGUAUCGAUUGUUCUAAAUUCGGGAGGCGGGGUAGGGGGUGGGUUUGAAAUGAACUGACAUGUCCAGGCUUCCACACUGAGCUGAUCCAAAUGUAGAAAAUAAAAGUGAAAACGUUUACAGAAUACUUCGAGGUGCCUGGUGAUUUCUGCCUCCACAGACGCACCACAAACAGUUACAUGCUUAAUUACAUAACCCAACCAAUACUGAACUUUUAAAAUGAUGUUUAUGACCGAGAGCUUAAAAACAUUUAGCACUUAAUUAAAAAGUAAGUGUGCAGACGCUCUUUUAUGUCAUAAUUACAUAUACAAAGAUGGAGGUACGUUGUCUGUGUCUUGAAAUUUUAUUCUACGGUUGGUCUCCCCCGCCAAAACACAUUUUUACGUACUUAAAUAUAGAUUUCUUUUUUUUACUUUAUAAAAAAGUGACAUUUUUCAAUUGUUUUGAAUUGUCUUUUGCAGUUUAUUCCUAUGAUGCUUUUCCUGAUCAGUGGAAUAUUCCAUUGCUCGCCCAUGUGCACCGUACAAAUAACUCACUUAUGCAGCUCAGGCACUUAUCUCCUUUCUGUGGGAAAAGGCAGGUAAUAACUUGUGGGAUCUUAAGUGCCAGCUGGUUUUUAAAUUCCCCACAUUCCCCAAGCAAAAAUGACACAGGAGUUCAAACUUUGAACACAAUGCACAGUACUGUAUUUUGCUCAAACUGGUGUCCACAACUAUGAGUUCGCUGUACUUCUUACUGUUAAACUGAGGAAAUCUUGGGUCCUGGUAGUCAUGUGCUCUGGCAAAGUUAAUGAUCCACAGUUCCUGGAUCCAAAUCUGCUCCAGUGUCCGUGAGAGUCGUGGAUGUGGAAACAGCUAGGUCCACCUCACAGAGGCCCAGUGUCCUUAUUCUGAUGGGUAAUAACUAAUUCACUGACACAAGGGGGCCCCACACAAUAUUACAGAUAGCGGAGAGUGGUUUUAGUGCAGCUGCCCAGUAUAGAUUAGCUCAAAAGCUCUAGAACAGGGAUGUCAAACUCAUUUGACAUUGCGGGGCCACAUGCAGCCACUUGACCAGUAAAAGUCCUGUUUGUAUCAACGUAAAGAAGCUUAGCUACAAACUUAAUCCCUGAGAUAUUUUAGUAUUAGAAAGAAAAGCGUAAUGGCAACAGUACGUCUCAGUUUUUCUGCAUAACAAAGAAAUGCUGCUGUAAACAAAAGAAAUCUCACUACGACUCUUUUGGGCUUAAAUAAAUAAAUGUGUUUUUAUUAAAUGACAGAAAAUCUCCUAUUUUUUAAAUUACUACAGAUCCUAUCCUACUAUGGAUGUAAACAUUGAACAUUUUUAGUAAUCUAAUAACAAAAGUUUUUGAAAUAAACACUUUUUUUUAUAAUAUCUGAAAUAUUUGCUGAUACUAGUUAUUGCUAUCAUAGUUUUUAUUACAUAUUGAUUAUGUUAUAUAAGAAAUCCUGAAUUAAAACAGUCUGUUGCCAAACCCCUUGAAGAACUGAGUGGUUAAAAGAUGGAAGCGUAUUUGCGGACUCCACUGUUCACUGGGUCUGAGCUGAGAUCGGCGCUGCUGGAGACACUGGUGGGUGUUGAACAGAUAAAUUUCUGCUCUGCUAGAAGUGCUGCAGGAGCGGUGAGUCUGGACGGAAACAUCAAGAUAAACCCUGUGGGGAAGAGGCUGUCCUCGGUCCUGGUCAUAAACACCGCAGGGUGGUGUGAAUGUAGCCGAGUCGGGCUGCAGAGUGUUUUGUGGAGAGUGGAUUAUUUAAAUUCCUCCACUUGAUCUGCUGAAUUAUUCAUUUGUCAGGAUUAGGCCCGCUGAGAGCCACCAGGAAGACAUAUUAGACAACAGCGCUUUGCAUACUCAUCUUUGAUAAACGCGGCGAUGUCUCGGAAUUUGUUUCCUGAAAGCAUCUCUAUGGUAAAUAAAGCACCGGGGUGAAUUCAUAAUAGCGCAGCUUCUCUGUCUUCAGGAAGAAGAAAAAACAAUCAGCAUCUCAAAGUUGUGUGGUUUUGACAAAAGUGAGAUUAUGAACCUCUCAGCUGGUCAGAGAAGCAGAAGGCUCAGGAGUAAAUCUCUCUCUGCUCGCGUCAGGUCCAACCUGAAAGGACACACCUGUGCUGUGGUUCUGAAGUGAUUGCGCCGUUCAGCAGAUUUCGUGCUCGCAGAGACUUUGCUCCAGUUUAUGUGCAGCAUUGUGAGUUCAUGGGAGCUAUGGGGGGAGUCUUUGAUCUGAAGAAGUGAAGCUGAAUUGAAGCCCAGAGGGAAACCGAGAGAAAAAACAGAAUAUUGAAGUGCGCUUUGAGCAGCAGAGUGAAUUUCUUAACUUAGAAGUCUGCUCAUCAAAUGUGUUUGUUUCAGGCUUUUGUUGAUUUUUAUCUGUGAAAUCAUUUUUUUCUGUUUUGUUUUUUAACCAACACGCUACAUUUUUGGAUUUUAAUUCCCAUAAUUAUGCAGAGGGAGAUGUUGCAGAUGUUAUUGAAGUGCCGACUUUCAGCUUUAAUUCAAGGGGUUUAACAAAAGAAAAAUUGCAUGAACUGUUUGGGAAUUACAGCUCUGUUUAUGCACAGUCCCUCAUUUUUAUAAGAAAUUGUGAAAAUUACCAUAAUUAUAAGAACUGUUUUUAGUCUUGGUCUCACAGACAUCACCAGGUGCUGUGCUACAUCUCUGCCAGGCCUUUACUACAGUUUCUGCUUGUUUGUGGGUCUCUCUGUCAUCAUUUGUGUAUUUAAUAAAUGAAAAGCAUGCCCUACUGGGUUUGGAUAAGG